AAUCUCUACGGCAAUAUUUUUGCGGCCAUCGGUUCCGUCAAUGAAACAGACACUGGCAGUGAAGAGUCGUUCGCAUUCGGACCGACAGCUGUUGUCAAAGCGAGUCAAGUGUUUUACAGGACCGCUCAUACCAUAGCAUUCGUCAAUCAUAGACCUAUUCUUGCCGGUCAUGUAUUGGUCUCUUCGAUCAGAGCAGCGAAACGACUACAAGAACUUAAUGAGGAAGAGAUAAGGGAUUUGUUUUGUACGGUUCAAAAGGUUCAGAAAGCGGUUGAAUCAGAAUUCGGUGCCAACGCGUCGACAAUUGCCAUUCAGGACGGCGUCGAUGCCGGACAGUCUAUAGAGCACAUCCACGCACACGUAAUACCGCGCAAACCGACUGAUUUCGGUGGUAAUAUCGACCAAAUCUAUUCCGAACUUCAAAAACAUGAUAAAUCAGAACAUAUAUCCAAAACCAAACUCAGAACCGACGAAGAGAUGCUUUUGGAGUCAACGAAACUCAAGACUUAUUUUUAG